UUAAUUUGUAUUUUUAAAUUUUUCUAUAUGAAUCUGUUACUUCUAUAAUGGAAAGAAAACAAUCAGGCUGUUUACAAAGUGUUUCUUUCUCCUCAAAGACUCCUUCAGUAAAGUAGGGCCCUGCCCUAAGGCAUUGUCUUCUUGGAUUAAUAUACCAUCUCUUGAGUCAGAGCAAUUGAAAUGGAAUUUUCUUUGUCUUUGCAGGUUAUCUGGGAUACACUAGGAAACAAACAAUUUUGUUCCUUCAAAAUAAGAACCAAGACUCAGAGCUUUUGCAGAAAUGAAUACAGCCUAACCGGAUUAUGCAAUCGAUCAUCCUGUCCCCUAGCAAACAGUCAGUAUGCCACCAUCAAAGAAGAAAAAGGACAGUGCUACUUGUAUAUGAAGGUUAUAGAACGAGCAGCUUUUCCUAGGCGUCUCUGGGAACGGGUCCUGCUCAGUAAAAACUAUGAGAAGGCACUGGAGCAAAUAGAUGAAAAUCUAAUUUACUGGCCCCGUUUUAUUCGACAUAAAUGUAAACAGAGAUUCACCAAGAUUACCCAAUACCUAAUUCGAAUUCGAAAACUUACACUAAAGAGACAGAGGAAAAUUGUUCCUUUGAGUAAGAAGGUAGAACGGAGGGAAAAAAGGAGAGAGGAAAAGGCAUUGAUAGCUGCUCAGCUGGAUAACGCCAUUGAAAAGGAAUUACUGGAAAGACUGAAACAAGAUACGUAUAGCGACAUCUACAACUUCCCCAUUCAUGCCUUCGACAAGGCCCUGGAACAGCAGGAGGCAGAGAGUGACUCUUCAGAUGCUGAGGAAAAAGAUGAUGAAGAAGAAGAAGUAGAUUUGGGAACAAGAGAAUUUGUGGAAGAUGAUGAGGUGGAUGAGAGUGACAUAAGUGACUUUGAGGACAUGGAUAAACUGGACAUCAGCGGUAGUGAAGAUCAGGAUCAGAGAUCAUCCAGUGAGGACGAAGAAAAGGCCCUGGAUGCCAGACACAAAGGCAAAACACCUUUGAAAGGACCUUUGCGGAGAAAACGAGCCUACGUAGAGAUAGAGUAUGAGCAGGAGACAGAGCCCAUGGCUAAGGCCAAAACCACGUGAUUUCUCCUCAAACAUUUAUAGAUAGGCCUGAACAUUUUGAACUCCCUUUCUUUUUUUAAACACAUACACCCUUCCAAUUUUUGCUCUUUCAUGUUGUAUUUAACACAAUAUUUGUGUUUUCAAUAUUUAUGCCACUUCUGUGAGCAAGAUAUCUAGGAGAGUGUGGAAGAAAUUCUUAAAUUGUGAAUAAAGUAUUUUUAUAGCAUAUAUAUUAAAGUAGCAGCAUGAGCCCAAGAAGCUUAACAGACAAGUUCUUGAUGCUGGAAUGAGAUUGUGACUGUAAAUAUUUCUAAGUCUUAAAUGCUAUGUGCCUGUUUCCUUGGUGUCUUUUGUUUUUUCCCCUAAAUUUUUAUUUAGAAAUGGCAGGGCUUAAAAUUGUUCUCAUCCUCCUUUCCCUACCCUUAUAGGAGUAGAAAGAGGGAAGGAAAAAGAUGAUCUAACAUAAUGUUUAGCAUAAAAAUACCUUUUUCCUUAAAUAACUCCAUUAAUAUAAUCUGGGAUAGAAAGAAAAUCUCUUUGGGAAAGUAAUACAGACAUUAAGUUCCAUCGUAGGGAGCACCUUCGGAAACCUGCUGCACUUUUCUGAUACAGUUCACCACCUUGCUGUCUUUGCAGCUUUGGAGACUUUUCGCCAGAAGCCCCUGAAACAUAAAACGAAAUAGGCUUUGAUUUUUUGUUGUUAUGUUUCUUCUCCUCUACCUUGAUUCUUCCUUCUUGGUACCAUAUUCAAGGAAAGAGUAGAUGACACUAGGGGACAGUUCACAGACUAGUAAGAACAGAAAGUAUUGUUUAAAAUCUGUGUUGACAUGCUUGGAAAUGUCGGCUGGCUCAAACAGCAGCCACUUCGUAACAGUCAAGGCAAAUUAGGCUGGAUCUAGGGCUUGAAAAAUGUCUCAGAUUAAAAAGUUGAUUUGAAAUAAUUUGAAUAAACUGGUAAGACAACAAAAACCA